AAAUUCACCAAGCACACAGACCUCGAGGUUUAUGGUGCUGGUUCAGGGGGCUGGACUUAUCACAGUGCUCAGUGACCUGACUGGACGAAGGGUCGUUGUAUCACACAGAAACGCAGAUGACCUGUUGGAGCCUCAUCUUCAUCUCUGUGCACUCUCACCGCCUAUGGUUUUCGAAUGGCGAAGAUGAAGCGAUGCUGCGUUUCUAAAAUCCAUAGGCAGACCAAGACCAGUUAAGAAACUGUACCCUGUGCCUCGGAGCAAAAAGAAAAUGGACAGCUGGGUUCUAGAAGGAGAUAGCUACUCGUUCCUGCGCAGUGCUCCACGUAACUUCAACCUGCCGCACCAGGAUGGGCCCAACCGUGUGGAGAUCUUUGACAUCACGAAUAUACAAAGUCAUCGUAGCGCCAUAUCUGAAACGACUUGCCUUUGUGACAUUUUUGGGGACGACUCUGAGUCUCCAUCUCUCUCAAGCAGCCCGGCCUCUGCCUCUUUCCUAAAAAAGGACACAGACGAACAGUUACCAGUAGAGGAUGUGAACGAUUCAUCAGGUUCUUACCAUACAGCGAAUGGGUCGGAGCACCUGAGUGACGGGAGUGAGAUAUAUGAGGACUCGAAAGACACAAAAGAUUUAGUUUUAUCUGAGACUCUGGAAGCAAAUGUGCAAGCAAGUGAUUUGCCUGCAGCUCAUAAAUGUGACGCACCCGCACCAAUAAGAAAUUGGCAAGUAUCUGAUUUGUCUCAGGACACCAACCUAACACAAGUUAAAAAUUCAUCUGACCACCAGCUAGCAACGUCGACGUCUGAAUUUAGAGACACUAAUAUUAGAGUAACUGGUUCCCCACAGGAGAUAUUCUGCCUUGAGCUCUUAUCUGAAAACAAGACUAUUACAGACCAGAGUCAUGCUACAUCGUUUGAGCUUAGGAGAACUAAUUCAUCAGAGGAGAUAACUACUUAUAACCCAAAGCAUAUAACAAAGCAAGGAGAUGCUUUUUCAUCUGAGCAAAAGAAAAAGAAUUCAGCAGAGAACAUAAUCACACCUGACUCCUCACUUGAAAAUGGGAUUAUAAUAGAGCAGAGGGGGACUAUGACAUCCGAGGUAAGGGAACCUGAUACCGUACAGGAGAAUACACAUUAUAAACAAAGCAUAUUUUCAGAAAACCAAACUUCAUCCGAGUCUUAUCCUAGUAACUUGACUUCAGAGGAUUCUACUAAGGGGAAUAAUGAUCAAGUCUGCUUGAUUGAGGAGGGGGAAAAAAUCUCUUUGCCUGAUAUUCUGUCUAUAGAAAACAGCUUGCUUGUUUGUGGAAUUGUACAAAGUGACACUUCUGUUGCUCUGACUAACGUUUCAAAUGAUGGCAGUGUCUUUACCUCUCUUCAGAAGGCUGGAGUUUCUGAUCGUUCUGCCCAAGAUAACACGCAUGAUUUGACAGAAAUGUCAACUCCACUGGAACAUGAGGAUGUACCUAAUGAAUUGCCAUAUGCAGGUGCAUUUCUAUGUGACAAUAAAGCAGGCAUGUCAGAUUUACCAGACCCUAACGGUGAACCUGUACCUGAAUAUAUUGAGGAUAACACAGAAGUAGAUGUAGGAUAUAUGCCUCAAGACAUCAAUAUUUCUUCUGACACAAACAGAACUUUGUCAUCCUUUUCAGAUCCAAGAGAAGAACUGGUAUCAAGUGUGAUUAGUGAGGUAUACACACCCUCUGGUCUUUCAGGGGAUGUAAAUUUCCCAGAGCUACCAGUAAUAAUACAUUCACCAGUUGGUUUUACUAUCUGCCCAUCACCAGAACCAGAGAGCAAUCGUUGGUCAGAAGAGUUAGCGUUCACUUCUAGAACCCCAGAAAGCGAUUACAGACUUACACCUACAGACAAAGGUUCUGUUUCCUCAUUUGAUUCCAAUCUAUGCCCUACACCUGAGCCAAGAAGCAUUAGUUCUACAUCAGACAACAGACAAAAUGUUAUUAUAUGUGACCCGAACCCUGCAGCUUCGUCACUUGACCUGAGAUCUGCAAGCUGUUCUCCUGAAAUUCAAAUAACGCCAUGCAGCUUCCUGUCCUCUCAAAAUGACUUUUCAUCCCCGGAUGAGGUCUUAGAACAACCCCAUGAUUUAGCUGGAAUAAUACAUGCAGAAAUGUCAUCUACACUUCCUACAAAGGAGGCUGGAGAUUUUUCUAUUCCAAUUAUCUACAACCUUUCAUCAGCACAGGACGCCACAUCUAGCCCAUCAACGAUUUUUCCAAGAGAUACUGUCUUCCCUGGUUUCGUCGACACUUAG